UUUAUUAAAGACUGCGAAAUGAUUGCCAGUUCAGACAGUUCAUGAGCAGUGCUUGCUUAUAUCUUAUCACCUUACCACUACUGAUAAAAUAAUGAAGUAUAUCAAUGAAAAGUGACAAACGGCAUUUUUCAAAAGAAUGGAAAUUUAACCAAGCAGUUGCCAGUAGAUGUUCUAACUGUUUUUUAAGGAUAAUGAGUGAAAUACAUUGUGAAUUGAUAUAGAAUUUCGCUUUGCUUUUUAUGGAUAGAUAGUGAGUGAAAUACAUUGUGAAUUGAUAUCAAAUUUUGCUUCGUCAAGAGUUUUCAAAAAGCAAUAUCUAUAAAGUGGAUAUCAUUCACUUUGUCUGCCAUCAUUAGUGACAAAAUAUCAUUGUUUAGAAUUUUGAUCAGAAAUUACUGAGAACCACAUUGGUGUACCGUCAUGAUGGGGUUUAUACGCACUUUUCUUAUCCAAUCAACGAUUUUAGUUGCUUGUGUUGGCGGAAAUAAUGUGACGGUCAAAAUCAGCGAUGGGUCAUGCACCUCAGAGGACAUGUUUAUCUGUUCGAAACAGCCGUUGGAGUGUGUGUCAGAAAAACUCACUUGCAAUGGUAUCAGUGAAUGCACAAACGGCGCAGAUGAAAGUGUAUCCGUUUGUGGUUGUUUGCCAAACGAAUUUCAAUGUAACAAAAGCUCUUGUAUUGACAUAAUCAAGAGAUGUGACAGACAACCUGACUGCUAUGAUGGUGAAGAUGAGAUAAACUGUGAGACGUAUAUGUGUCCAGAAACCCACAUGACAUGUGCCAACCAUUAUUGUAUACCGAACGAGGCUGCUUGUAAUUACGAAGACGAUUGCGGGGAUAAUUCGGAUGAAGAGAAAUGUGAAUACCGUGACUGUUAUUUGUCAGAAUUUCCAUGCAACGAUCGUCGAUGUCUGCCAAUGGGAUUAUUAUGUGACGGAGUAGCCAACUGUAAAGACGGAAGUGAUGAAAAUAAUUGCACUGCACACUUUCAAUGUGAAAACGGGUUCUACAUACACAAAAACAGGGUUUGUGACAGCUGGACAGAAUGUUUCGAGAGUCACGCUGAUGAAACUAACUGCGGACCAUGUGCAGAUGACCAAUUUAAAUGUAACAAUGGACGGUGUAUUCGGAAAUCAAACGUGUGUGACGGGGAGUGUGAUUGUAACUAUACAUGUGAAGAUGAAUUUGGGUGUGAUAUAGCAUGCCCAAAGGGUGAAAAAUACGUCUGUAGGAAUAGCCAUCGGUGUAUUUCAAAAGAAUACUUAUGUGACGGGCACAAUGAUUGUUUAAACACAGGAGUUGGUGCAGACGAAUUUUUCUGUCGCAAAAACAGAUCAGAAUGUGAUCCACAGAGUGAGAUUUAUUGUUCGGAGGGCCGAUGCCUGCCAGCAACUGGAUCUCAAAGUGUACUUUGUGAUCAUUACGUCGAUUGUUUGCAUGGAGAGGAUGAGGAAGGGUGUGAAUACGACUCGUGUGAUGAAGUUACCGAAUUUUCAUGCGGCUAUGGUAUGUGCAUUCCAUUGGAGCUACGAUGUAAUGGGACCCCAGACUGUUACAAUAGAUCUGAUGAAGUUGGUUGUGAAAAACAUUCAUGUCCUUUUGGAAUGAAAGCAUGUGAGAGUGGAGGACAUUGCAUUUCACCGCAGCAUUGGUGUGACUACGUUCGGGAUUGUCCAGAUUUCUCAGAUGAAACCGACUGUGUGAGACGCAAAUGCGAAAAAGGUGAAUUUAAAUGUACCAAUGGUCAAUGUAUAGAUUCGAAAUAUGUUUGUUACAAUGGUAAAAGCAUAGGAAGAAAUGGUUGUGUCGAUGGUUCUCAUCUCCUGCAUUGUCAUAACCAUUCGUGUUCCGAGGGGCAGUAUAAAUGUCCACGAUCAUAUUGUAUUGACGGGACUGAAAAGUGUGACGGACGAAUAGAUUGUAAGAUGACUUUUGAUGAUGAAUUUGACUGUGGUUUCAAAUGCCCUCACCCUGAUAUGAAAUGUGACUGUCUUGACAUAGAUAUGGACUGUGAAAAUAGAAAUCUAACUCGUCUGCCACAAAACCUUGCUAUAGAGGAUUCAACAAAAUAUAAAUUGGGCGGUAACAGGAUUCGGAUAACGCAGACAAUGUUUGCAAACCUCAGCAAAAUUGUUUUAUUGGAUAUGAAUCAUAAUGGCAUAAAAAUAAUUCCAGAGGGAUCAUUCAAGGGUUUAUGGAGACUCUUUACAUUGAAUUUGGAGAAUAACCUGAUAGAAAAUAUAAGCAAUGGAACAUUUAAAGGGCUGACAAAUCUAAGGACACUGUACUUAAGCGGAAACAAAAUACGGGAGAUUACCCCACUAGGCUUUAUCGGGUUGUCGAAUCUUCAUCACUUGAAUUUGAGUUACCAAGCUUUAGAGAAGCUCUCUCAAAACACAUUUACAGGUUUGCGAAAUGUCAGGACCCUGAAUUUGUCUCACAACUUCAUAUUACAAGUGGAUGAGGGAGCCUUUAAUGGUCUUGAAAAUCUUAAAUUCUUAGAUUUGUCCUUUAACGAAAUUACUACGUUACAGACUCAUGUAUUCAACGGAUUAAAACUUCUAACAUUUUUGGAUGUAUCAAACAACAGGAUUGAGAUACUAGAGGACAACGUGUUCCAAGGUUUACAAACACUAGAACAUCUAUUCACGGAUGAGUUUAGAUUUUGCUGUGCCGCCCAGAUUACAGGUGAAUGUUUACCAAAACCUGACGAAUUUUCCUCUUGUACAGAUCUUAUGUCUAACUUUGUUCUGCGAGUCAGCAUAUGGAUUCUUGGCCUGGUCGCUUUCUGGGGGAAUAUCGUGGUCGUUGUAUGGAGAACACGUGACCUGAGAAACGGAAAGGUGCACUCAUUCCUUAUAACGAAUCUUGCCAUUGGUGACUUCCUCAUGGGUGUGUACAUGAUGAUUAUUGCAAUUGUUGAUUUCUACUAUCGCGGAAACUACAUACUUCACGACCGAUUUUGGCGGGAAAGUGAAUUGUGCAAAUUCGCGGGCUUUAUAUCAACAUUCUCGAGCGAGUUGUCUGUCCUUACAUUGACUGUGAUCACGCUGGACAGACUUGUUUGUAUAAUAUUUCCCCUGCAUUUUAGACGACUAAAACUUAGAGACGCAUCCUACGUCAUGUGUUUCGUAUGGGCUCUCGUGUUGGCGAUUUCCGCUGUUCCGUUGACUGGAAUUGAUUAUUUUGGGAAUUUCUACGGACGUUCGGGGGUGUGUCUAGCGUUCCAUAUCACAAGCUCCAAACCAAAGGGCUGGGAGUACUCAGUGGCGGUGUUUCUUGUUUUGAACUUUAUAUCAUUUUUAGUGAUAUUUUUCUCCUAUCUACGAAUGUUUUUCGUCGCUAAACAGACUCGAAGCGCUGUCAGAAAAAUACAAGAUAAAAAUGAUAGUGCUAUGGCACGCAGGAUGACCAUAAUUGUGGCAACCGACUUCUUUUGUUGGGUUCCAAUCAUUCUUCUAGGUUUUGCCUCGCUCGGAGGAGCGGAAAUUCCAAUAGAGGUGUUUGCUUGGGUAGCUGUGUUUGUCCUCCCUUUGAACUCGGCUGUAAACCCCGUGCUUUACACAAUAUCAACACCGCCAUUCUUACGUCACUUCCGGAAAAGAGCCAAUAUCUUCAGGAAGUCGUUCAAAUUAUCAUCAAAAAUAGAAACAAAACAUAGCUUUCUAGAAGACCGCUCUUCACAUGUUUGGGACCGGAAGCCGAAAUAUCGCCAUCUUGAAUUGAUGCGCAUGCGCAGUAUGAAUAACUCUCCAUGUCAAAAUCAUUAUACAACCCCAUCACAUUCACAUUCACAUUCGGAUCAUUUAUUAUAAAAUUGAACAUUUUAUUUCGCUUAUCAGUUUCGUUAUUUUUGUCGCCUGUGUAUGUUUGGAGGAUACGGUUUAUUUGCAAAGUAUGAUAUUAGACUUUAAAAAAAAAAAAAACAUGUGUAUGUGCGUGCGUCCGUGCGUGUAUGUGUGUGAAAAAGAGUGAAUAAGGAUGUAGAAUUAUGUAAAAGAAGAAUUUUUUCUUUCAUUUCUUCUGUUUACAAUGGUUCCUUUUCAUUACAUGCGGGAAUGUUGUGUGUGUGUCUUUGUUUAUUCUAUUUAAAUUUUCAUACAA